CCUCCUGCCUAUAAUCAAGAUGACGGUUGCGUCUUCAGGCGCCCACACUCAAGACGGAGGCCCAUUGGUUGUUUUUCUGUGGCGCGCUAUCUUAUUGGGCCGCGUCUCGAUUCGUCCCGCCUCCUCCUCAUAAGCAAGAUAGAGGCUCCUCCCAUUUUGGGGCCUUCGUCAAAAUGGCGGCUGUAGCGGCCUGGUGUUUUCUUCUGAGGCGCUCCGUUUUAACGGCGAACCGAAUCCGGAGCCAUCCUUCGCCAUCCGCCUUGCUGAGCCUCCGGGGAAGGAGAAGCUUUAGCGGGCAAGAAGCCGGGAAGACCCUUCGGAUUGAUGCGACACGCUACACGCUGGUCUACACGUGUAAAGUGUGUGGUUCGCGGUCAGCGGAGAGCAUUUCCAAGGCGGCUUAUCACCACGGAGUGGCCAUCGUCACCUGCCCAGGAUGCCAAAACCACCAUGUUAUUGCCGACAAUUUGGGCUGGUUCUCGGAUUUGGAGGGCAAACGGAACAUUGAAGAAAUCCUUGCGGCCAAAGGGGAAACGGUGAAGCGGGUUGUCGGCGAAGGCGCCUUGGAGAUCCUUUUGAAUGGACCCCAGAAUCCUGAAAACGAUGGAGAAAAGGGCCCCUAAUAACUGCGGAAAGACUUGGGAAGACAGCCGUCAAUCGGAGAAAAACCCAAUUGCAAGGGCAGCGAAGCCAUUAGGAAAAGGACAUUAAAGCAAUUGAAUUGAAAGAUCUAUCUCUGGGGAUCCUUUUUUUAUUUCUGUCAACAUUUCAACUGCCCAUCGGGUUCAAAAUGAGACCGUUUUCGGCGGCACAGAAGUCCAGCUUGGAGGUGCAAAUCCCAAGGGCCCUUUGUUGAUGGUCAAGUU